AUGACUACCGGACCACCGCAGGACAUAACGAAGAUCACUUACGCUGCCAACGAAGCACGACGAGCGACAGCAUUGCCGAAUCGAUUUGAAGAUCCGCUUGCUAGACAACAAAGACUCCAGAGAUCAGGCGAACGAGACCCGUGGGCACUGGCACCACAUGCAGAGAUUCAACAAUAUGCACAAACAUACCCGGUUCCUUCCAACAUAACGAGCUCGUCGAGCAACAGCAGAACGCCUCCUGGUGUCUCACUAUCGGGCUACUCCACGAAACAGCACAUGUCAAACUCCACUAGUGGGUGGCCACAGGCUCAGUGGGCAAGCCGGCAGCCUAGAUCCAGCUACGAAGGACCGACCAGUCCUUGGCCAGCAUCACCAAUGCAUAGUGCAUACUCGCCAGAUUUGAUGUCUGUGGGUGACCAUGCAUACAGGGCCUCACAUGCCAGCUGGCAGACCUCAUACCCACCGCCACUACUAAGGCGGACUUCAUCAGAAGAUGCGCCCCUCAGUGCGUACGGUGGUAAUUACUACAGAUCAGAUGGGUCGCCAGGCGGUCUGCAAGCGCCCACUCAUCCGCAGCGUCGACCGUCAAACCGUGACGAAUUCGAUGGUCCCUCCCAGCUUCUGGAGAAGCCUGUUGGUGAGGUAGCAUAUGAGCCGAAGGAAGAGGACAUGCCACAAUUACCGGUCACCUUAUAUGCUCAAGAGCAAGACGAGAUCUUGUCGAAGGUCAACGACCGUCUGGCACGAUGUGCCUAUGAUUUUGUUGCAAAGUACCAGUUCCCGAUACCCAUCGAAGCCGACAAGCGACCUGUACGGGUACCUGGUGACCGAGAGUGGUCAGAAUGGGUCUACCUGCUCAAGCGCCUCGCCACUAAACGCCGUAUACCAGCCCGUGUACUCUACAAUGGCCAGAUCAAACAACUCAUCACGAUCCUGGAGAACAGCUUGGAGAUGAGGCAUGCGGCGAAGCAUCAAUCACGACCAUUGAAAGACGACAGGAAUAUCCUUCAGCUCAUCAGCUCGGGUCUGCAGGUUGCGAAGAUCAUCAAAGAUGCGCCUGCUAUGCAAUAUCUCGAUGGGUUGUAUGUGCAGACAGAGCGGCUUAUCCAGAGCAGGAGACCGGUAGCGUCGCCGAUGGCGGAGUACGUAAAGGCAUCAUAG